AUGCUUAUGAAUUUAUCAGCAUAUUCCGAUGUCCCAAACGAGAUUGUAUCUGCACAGCUGUCUCUGCCACGUGCAGACCAGGGACGCCGGCAAAAUAUUUUUCCUGCAAAACCAAGUGCAUCCGUCGUCGAGUGUCAAGGGAGGGCUGCAUUCCCUCACACCUCGCGUCAGCUGGUGGACCUCACCCUCUGUAUAUUCCUAUUAACUUCAAUUGAGCUCGACAAAUUUACGUGGACUAAAAGGCCACAAAUUGAGCGGGCGACGCUAGUAUCGGAAAGUGACAAGACAAUUAAAUCGCUUACUUUAUGGACAUACAGUAGUCCGUGCUCGCGCCAUAUGGCCAAGCCUCGGGACUCAAAUCCCUAUUAUAUUGCUUUUAAUUGA